AUGUACACAUCAGAAAUCGCAUACUUGGUGUCCAGAGAAGAGUACCAUGACGGAACCGAGACAGCCCGUUCAUUCAGAAGCUGGCAUACUUGCAUGGAAAACAAAACGUGCAAGAUCACAGCAUCCGUGGGCAUCACUAUCGCUUUAUUAUUGGCCAUUGGCUUGUUCUUUGCUUGCGUCAGAGGUUGUAGAUACAGCCUCAGCUUCGGAGAGGCUUUUUGCUGUUGUUGUGUCAAGAGAAGGAAAUACGAGGAGCUCCAGACACUUCAGUAUCCACCCCCACCUCCACCUCCUGAGAAGCCAAUUCAGGAUCCAUUGAUGUACCCAACAAAACCACCUAUGACACAUAUAUACGUGCCGCUGGCUCCACCAGCAUAUCACGCUUCUGAAGCCAUAGAAGGGUCAUCAAGGGGGUACCUCGCGUCAAGUGACGACAAGCACCCAUUUUAG